AUGAUUCUUUUGUUGUUUUUACCUUCAUUGAUACCUGAACUAACAGAAGUUUGUCAGGCGGAAGGAGUUGGUACAAGAGGAGUAGAAAAUAUAGUCACAAUUUUAGUUGGAAUAAGGGCAGUGCCAAAGGCACGAAUCUUUGAUUCACCCAUGUGCCUAAAACAAAAUUUACACUAUUCCUUAUACAUUUAUAUGCCUAUUAAUGUUCAUUUCAUUAUUGGAGUCGUCAUACCAAGGAUAGAAAUCCCAAAUGUUCCAGGAAAUAUUUUUGUAUUUGGUUCAAAUGAAAUUGCACAGCUAGGUUUCGAUCCUGAAAUUGUUGACACUAUCAAAAAACCGAGGCUAUUGGAACCUCUAGUAAACAAAAACAUAGUUGCGAUAUCUGUAUCAAGUUUACAUAACGUUGCUAUAGAUGAUCAAGGAAGGGUAUACAGUUGGGGCUGCAAUGAUGAGGGUGCUUUGGGAAGAAAUACCGACAAAAUAGAUGAAUUUAUUCCUGCUCAAGUUGAGGGAGUAGAUGAUGUUAGAAUUGUUAAGGCUGCUUGUGGUGAUAAUAUAACAUUUUUAUUAUCUGAUGAAGGCGUUCUUUAUGCAGCAGGCACUUACUUUGAUGAAAAUGGACGACUCGGAUUUUCGCGAGAACAAUUACUUCAUAAACAAAUAAUAUUCACUAAAUAUAAGCCUGUCCAACGUAUCAAGUUCAGUGAUGUUGCUUGUGGUGAAAACCAUACAUUAGCUAUUACAAAAAAGCAUGAACUGUAUGUCUGGGGGUGGAAUGGAAUGUUUCAACUGGGAAGAAAAUUUAAUCCUCGUCUAAAUGAAAAGGGAUCAGGGUUGGCACCAGAACGCAUUAUGAGAAACAUUAAAAAAAUUUUUUGUGGUAGUUGGAAUUCGUUCGUUAUUGAUACAAGUAAUAAAUUAUAUGUAUGGGGACUUAACAACUAUGGCCAAUGUGGAUUUGAUCCUAGCCAGAAAGAAUCAAUAAUACUUCCUACACGACUUGAUCUUGAUUAUGAUAGUACAAUUAAAGAAAUUGCUGCCGGACAACACCAUACAAUUGUAUUGUUUGAAGAUGGUAGAAUGUUUUCUUUUGGAAGAUGUGAUGAUGGUCAAUUAGGCGUUGGUGAUAAUGUAAUGCAGAAUCAAAGAUUUUACACUUUCAGUGAAGUGGGAAGAGAUCCAUUAUCAAAUAAAGACAAUGUUACCACCACUUCUAAAGAUGUUGAUAAUGAAAUUUCGAAUUAUAGAAAAGUAAGGGCAUGGAACAAUAGCAAUAUUGCUAUUGCUCAUGAUGAAUCGAUAUGGUCAUGGGGUGCUGGUGAAUCCUAUAACCUUGGUGCAAGUAAAAAGGAUAAAAAUAAUGUAGUGAUAAAUUCAAUUAAUAAUUAUUUGAAACAAAUAUUUAUGAACUUUCUUGUUGCAGUAUCUUCUCAAUUUAAAACAAAAUCUAAAAUCAUCAAAGCUAGGAAAAAACCAGCAGGCUUUGAAAAUAAUCAAAUGACAAUCUCUGCAAAAUAUGUUUUAACAGGCUAA